AUGACGACAACAACAACAAGAAACUUGUGCCUCAUGCUCGUGAUGAUGCUCUUCACGGUUCUAAUGGGAUGUUGUUGCUCGGCGAAAAUCUACAAAGUCGGAGACUCCGAGGGAUGGACGGCGAAGGACGACGCCUAUUCUGAUUGGGCUAAGCUUAAGGAGUUCCACGUGGGCGAUUCUCUCAUCUUCAAAUACGAUCGCAAGUACAACGAUGUGACUCAAGUCUCUGGUGCUUUGGAAUACAAUUUCUGCGACUGUUCCUCUCCUAAAGCCGUAUACAAGACAGGACACGAUGUCGUGACUCUCACGGAACCAGGUUCUUACUACUUCAUCAGCUCAAAUCCUACUCAAUGUCUAUCCGGGCAAAGACUCAACAUUCUUGUCGUCCAUGACCCGUCGCAUCCGGUUCCACCACCACCACCGAGAAAGAUCUUUCCUUUUGGAAAAACCUACAACGUUGGUGACUCCAAAGAAUGGAGGGUUCCUGAAGAGAGCGACUUCUAUAACAAGUGGAGCGAGGAGAAACAGUUUCAUGUGGGAGACAAUCUUCUCUCUACUACGACAACGAAGUCAACGACGUCUUAG